UCAAUAAGACAGAGGUUUUUUUCUUUGCUUCUGUGAUAGUAUAUGAUUAUAGCUGUUUGUUCUUUCUUCAUCAUCAACAUCAACAUCGUCGUCAUUAUAAUCAUCAAUUCCCACUCCUUCCAUAUCAGACACGAGAAACUCAGAUAAAUAGGUCAAAAUCAAAUCCCACUUCACUGCCUCACUCUCUCAUUUCUCUCUGCAACAGAUCUCUCUUCAAUUCUCCAAUUCCCACACUCACAGGUUCCUUGUAGUUGUAGCUUUCUCUCUACGAUUUCCCCUUCUUCUUCUAGGGUUUAGCCUCGUACCACCACCGUUCUUGUACAUUCUCUCUGUGAGGUUUUGCUUUUAGGGUUUUCAAUCGCUCAGAUGAACAACAACAACAACAACAACAACGUCAACAGGGCCAACAGGUACCCACUACAUCCGCCACCGCCCGGGAUCGGUUAUGGACGCGGUGGUGGUCCCAACCCGAACCCUAACCCUAACCAAGGGUUUCAACCUAGACUCCCUUACCAGCAACAACAGCAGCAGCAGCAACAGCACUAUGUGCAGAGGAAUUUGGCGCAGCAGCAACAGCAACAGCAGUGGCUGAGAAGGGCGCAAUUGGGUCCUGCUGAAUCCAACGGUGAUGAGGUCGAGAAGACCGUGCAGUCUGAAGCUGUUGACUCCAGUUCACAAGAUUGGAAGGCAAGACUGAAGAUUCCACCCGCUGAUACACGAUAUAAGACCGAGGAUGUGACAGCAACUAAAGGAAAUGAAUUUGAGGAUUACUUUUUGAAACGUGAGCUGCUCAUGGGGAUUUAUGAGAAGGGUUUUGAGAGACCUUCUCCCAUCCAAGAAGAAAGCAUACCAAUUGCUCUUACCGGUAGUGACAUUCUUGCUAGGGCUAAAAACGGAACUGGCAAAACAGCUGCAUUUUGCAUUCCAGCAUUGGAAAAAGUUGAUCAGGAUAAUAAUGUUAUUCAAGUUGUUAUCCUGGUCCCGACUCGAGAAUUGGCUUUGCAAACAUCUCAAGUGUGCAAAGAGCUUGGGAAGCAUUUGAAAAUUCAAGUUAUGGUUACAACAGGUGGUACCAGUUUGAAAGAUGAUAUAAUGCGUUUAUAUCAACCGGUUCAUUUACUAGUCGGAACUCCAGGAAGAAUAUUAGAUCUUGCUAAAAAGGGUGUUUGUGUUCUGAAAGAUUGCUCUAUGCUUGUUAUGGAUGAGGCUGAUAAGCUUCUAUCUCCAGAGUUCCAACCUUCUAUACAGCAGCUGAUUCAAUUUCUUCCUAGAAACCGUCAAAUUCUGAUGUUUUCAGCAACAUUUCCUGUUACUGUAAAGGAUUUCAAAGAUAGGUUUCUUCACAAACCAUAUGUCAUUAACCUUAUGGAUGAGCUAACUCUGAAGGGUAUUACGCAAUUUUAUGCGUUUGUGGAAGAGAGACAGAAAGUCCACUGCUUAAAUACUUUAUUUUCUAAGCUGCAAAUAAACCAGUCAAUCAUUUUCUGCAAUUCAGUGAAUCGGGUUGAACUCCUUGCCAAGAAAAUCACUGAGCUUGGGUAUUCAUGUUUCUACAUACAUGCGAAGAUGUUGCAAGACCAUCGUAAUAGAGUAUUUCAUGACUUCCGCAAUGGUGCCUGCCGAAAUCUUGUUUGUACUGAUCUUUUUACUAGGGGAAUAGACAUCCAAGCAGUUAAUGUUGUUAUUAAUUUUGAUUUUCCCAAGAAUGCAGAAACUUAUUUGCACAGGGUUGGUCGUUCAGGGAGGUUUGGCCACCUUGGUUUAGCAGUGAACUUGAUCACUUAUGAGGAUCGCUUUAAUUUAUAUAGGAUUGAACAAGAACUUGGCACUGAAAUCAAGCAAAUUCCGCCACACAUUGAUCAGGCAAUUUAUUGCCGGUGACAGGCAGUUUACACCAGGGUUUACAGUGGUGCUGUGGUGUGUCCUUUUUACCGCACAUUGUUAUGAUGACUUCCGCUCAAGCAGGUGCCAUAAGCCCUGGCAUUGAAGAAAUACUGUUGAAAUUGGGGUAUUGUUGGACCCUUCGUUCAGUAAUUUUUUAUUAGGCUUUGGUUGAGAGCCCUGAAAAAUUAUCAAGACCUCAGAGUUCUUUUAUUUUCUUUUAUUGGUAGACCUCAGUUUAAAUUUUGGCUUUUAACUGCCAGGUAGUUGGUCGGUUGUGUUUGGAUUUCUGUUGACUAGUUCGGUAGACGUUUGUUACUUGCUACAUGCUUUUAGUACUGUAGAUUUUUAAUUGCUGGAUGGUUUAGGGAUAAUACCUUGCUAUGAAUAUGUCCCUUCCUAUGGUUGUGGUCUA